AUGCCUCUCAAUAUGGCAUACCGAGAAGAUCUUAUACGGAGAAGGCAAGAAUUGCUUAUUCUAGAAGAAGAGGAAGAAAAAAUCGAACAGAAGGCCAAAAAAGAGAAGAAAUCUAAGAAGAAGAAGGAGAAACAGAAAAAGAACAAAGGGAAGGUAGAAAAGAAAGGAGACACGGUGAGGACCCAAGCAGAAGAAAGGAUUCUUGAGAAAGAGGAUUCUGACCCUAAGAAUCAACACCAUUCUUUAGAGCAAGCAAAACCGGAGACAAAAGAUGUUGUUCCAAAAGGAAAAGCAGUAACUUCAUCAUCAUCAUCAUCAUCUCCAGAUAUUCAGUUGGAGACUGUGGUUCCAAGAGUCGAUAUACAGAAAACUGCUUCUCCAAAACCGGAGACAAAGGAUGGUGUUCCAAAAAGAAACGAGGUACCUUCAUCAUCAUCAUCUCCGGGUAUUCAGUUGCAUCCAAGAGUCUAUAUACAGAAAACUGCUUCUCCAAAACCGGAGAAAGAGGAUGUUGUUCCAAAAAGAAAAGAAGUACCUUCAUCAUCAUCAUCAUCAUCUCCAGAUACUCAGUUGCAGACUGUGGUUCCAAGAGUCGAUAUACAGAAAACUGCUUCUCCAAAACCGGCGGCACAACCAGUACAAUCCAUUUCCAGACCUGUGACUGUGAGAAAGCUGCUCCGGAAGCAAGCUGCUCCGGAAAAGAAGUUUGUUUGGAAACUAGUAUCUCCUAGAUUACCUCCAUCAGGUCAACCAUCAUCAUCUGGAGAGAUUCAAUUGCAAACUGUGGUUCCUAGAGCCGAUAUACACAAGACUGCUUCUCCAAAACUUGCGGCACAACCUGUACAAUCAAUGUCUAGACCUGUGAGUACUCCUGUAAUCCCUCCAAACCAAGCUGCACCUGUAAUAUCUGCUGUUCAAACCUCGACAUGGUCAUUUGCUCCUUCAAUGAGCUCAGCAGGCCGUUUAGGUUCACCGCCACAUAGCCAAACUUACACUCCUCAGUCCUAUAAACAUCCCAUAUUGGGUUCAUCUGGUUUCAACCAGUCAAGCUCUCAACCGACGUUAACAAGCACAUUGCCGCAUUAUUCACAUCAGCCUCCUAUCUCGGUAUCUAGUCAGUCUAGUUUCCCUAUCAACAUUAGCUCUUGGGAUCUUUCAUCUUGUGGGCUCUUGUGGACCGGUGGUUGGAGUUCAAACAGAGACACAACAACAACAACUGCCACCAGUGGGAAUCAUCGAACCAACCCUUCCAACACACCGGUAACUACCAACAAUAUUCAGUUUGGGAAUGGUCUCCGUGAAGAUGAUUAUGGUUAUGGUAACAACAACCAGAACUCUUAUCAUGGCACCGCGGAUGUUGGGAGCUCACGACGUUAUAGUGAAGAGUCUAUGCCACAUUUUUCGUUGUAUUCGUAUUGGCAAAUGGAUGAGCUGGCACAUACAUAA